AUGAUCUCCUCAGCUGGCUUUGGGACGACAGGGAAGAGUUUCCUCAUUGACAACCUCCUGCGGCCCGGCGGUAGCCGCUCUCCGCCCUCCCGGCCUCCUGCGUGUCCUCCUUGGAGCGCCGGGACACUAAGGAACGCCGGCUGUCAGAGCCGCAGCAGCAGCACCACCAUAGGCCCAGUACUGCCACAGAUGUCACCACAGGAGUGCCUUGGAGCAUCAGCGGUCGUAAACAGCCUGUUCCUGAGCAGUCCUCAGCAGCUUCUCAGGACGUGCUGUGGUGGGUCCAGCCCCCCGUUAGCCUCCACGCCUGUUUUCUCCAAGGGACCAAGGGUUCCACUCUGGGGCCUAGAAACCCAUCCAAAGUCCCGCAGAGGAAUCUUACGGAGAGCUGUGUUCUCUGAAGAACAGAGGAAGGAACUGGAGAAAACGUUCCGCAGACAAAAGUACAUCAGUAAAACCGACAGGCACCAACUGGCAGCUGACCUAUGUCUCAAGGAGACUCAGGUGAAGAUCUGGUUCCAGAAUCGCAGGAUGAAGUGGAGGAACUCCAAAGAGAGGGAGAGCCUUUACGUGCGCUCCUCCAUGGAAGAGCUCCUGUUUCGGGGCAGCGAGGAGACGGCCGCGGGGGAGAGCCUGCAGGAGAUGGAUGUGGAGAAAAGCUCUGUGCAGCAGGUGGAGAACAGCCCUCCUAAAACACCAGCGUCACAGCAUAAGCAGCCACAACAGCAGCAGCAGCAGCACCAGAAACACUAUGCAGUAGACAACCUGACCGCCUCGCCCUCUCACGAAGUAGAAAAGCUAGCCUCCUCCCCCUCCUCCACAGCCAGCUCUUCCCUGGAGAGCAGCAGAUGA